GUCGGUCAAAGUCUCCUCCGACCCGUCCCUUCUCCUCCACUCCCUGGGCGCGCGGGCGCGGCGAUUGCUGGCCGGCGGCUGCGGACUAGCCGCACCACCAGACGCGCGCGGCCGGCCGGCCCUUCUCCGUCCUCUGCCCCGGCUUCCGGGCCGCCGCCGCCGCGCCGAGCUCAUCGAUCGGCCACUGCACCUUCACUUCGAGGUGGAGGGUGGGAAAUCAGAGCACCAGAGCGCAGCCUCCGGCCGCUAAGGACAUGGAAGCGGAGGAGGACCAGAGCGCCCAGGUUGAGGGGCAGCCGGGGCGAAGGCCGCGCAGGGUGGCCCGGCGGCGGUCCGGCGUGUACGAGCACUUCACCCGCUUCAGCGACGGCGACGGAAACGACAGGGCGCGGUGCAGGCGCUGCCAGCUGGUGCUCGGCGCGAGCACCAGGAACGGCACCAGCACCCUGUGGGCGCACGUCAGGAUUUGCUGGGGAGAAGAAGCCGCCGCCGCCGCCGCCGCCGCCGCGCGGCGGGCGCCACGGCCGCCGGUGCCCGGCCCGUCAAGCUCCCGUGGAUCAUCCCGGGGUCGUCUGGAGACUGAUGGUGAUGGCCUCCGGGACAAAAGUGCAAGCAGCAGUGCGGAUCUUGCUCGGAUGAUCGCGCUGCGCGGGUACGAUCCGUCGUUCGUGGAGGACGGCUACUUCAGGAGCUUCGUGCGGAGCCUCAACCCUGGAUUUGAGGUGCCCUCGCGCGUCGCCAUUGAGGAGAUGUGCGAUGUGAUCUUUGACGAAGCAAGGGAGGAACUCUUCUCCAGGCUAAGGCGUGCUCCUGGGAGGGUCAGUUUGGCGGUGGGUAAAGCUAAAACACCCGAGGCAGGGGAAGUCAUUUAUGUUGCAUGCCACCUCAUCGAUGAUCAGUGGAAUCUUCAUAAAUUCGUCCUCAAAGCUUUCUUGGUACGUGCAGAGCAUGGUAACGUGGCUGGUCCAAUAUUGGGAACCCGUGAUUAUUAUGACUAUCACGAUCUCAUUUUUGUUACUUCAGAGCUUGAGGAUAGGCUGUCCAUGGUGGCAUAUGAUAUUACUGACGACGAUUUUCACCCUGAAAUGAAGAAUUACAUCGACGAAGACAUAAAUUCCGAUGCCAAUAAGCUAAGUUGUACCACUACUGCCUACAUGGACACCGUGCUUCACUCAAUUGCUCGAUGCCUUCUUCCAUAUGUAGAUUUAACUUUCGACAUGUUAGAAGACAUGGAGAGUUCAUAUCUGACUAGACAAAAGCACCUGCAACUCCUUUCGGAGCUUGACCUGGACUUAAAAUUGGCAUGGGGCCAAAGGUGGUAUGCAUGCUACAGUUCUUUGGAAGUUCUCUGCAAGCGACGCUUUACUGGUAAGCUUGUAGGCGCAGAGUUGUGUGUACAACUAUUGUGCAAGGUCUGGGAGCAAGUAUACCGCGGCAUUCAGACUAUUUCUGCCUCCACCUUUCCCACUUCAAAUCUCUGUCUUGCAGAGUUGUUUAAGCUGAGGGAAAUUUUGCAUUCUGAACUAGCACAGUUCGGUGGAGACGAUGCAGACGUUCAAGACCAAUAUGAUUAUUUCUUUUUUAAGGCCGUAGAUGUUCUUACAGAGGCAAGUGGCACUUUGCACGAGGCUAUACAAGAUUCGUACCUGAUCUGGUCAGUACCACUUGCACUGGACCCCCGGUACAAACUCAGGUACAUUGAAUUCAUUUUCGGAAGAGCGUUUGGUUCAGAAGCAGCAAAAUACGUCACCGAGGUGAUCAAUGAGAUCAACAAGCUGUAUGCGGUUUACAUUAAAAAGUAUGGUACAAUCACUGAUGCAGAUCAUUCAGAUAGUGCCAAUGCAACGGUGGCCACUACUAGAGCAGAUCCAUUGGAGGAAGCAUGGAAUGAGCACUGCCUUUCACAGGAUUUCAUGGUGACUCAGGUUAACAGCUGUUACCUAGAAACCCAGACGGAACUCGAUCGCUAUCUGCAAGAUCGCCUUGAACGUCCAACAAAGGAUUUCGACGUUCUCAAGUGGUGGAAGGCUCACAGCUCGGAGUACCCGAUGGUUGCUCGGAUGGCGAGGGAUGCCCUAGCCAUGCCCACAUGCAGCGAGCUUUCUUCUGACCAGCUCGCCCAGGUCAGGAGCAUACUUCGUGGUUAUUCCAAGAAACCGUACAGAGAUAUGACGUUUUCAUCUCCGUCGCCAUCAGAAGGAGGUGACAUGAUUCAGUAACUCAUAUAAGAUGUAGCGUCUAAACUCUAAACUAUUUUAAGUAGUUCUGCAUGUACCACCCAUCCAAGUUCAGGGCUCCCUUUUGUCAGGAUCGAAUUCAUUGUUACUCAUCUAAUAGUUCA